AUUUACUUUUUUCAUUCUUUUCCGAUUGCGUGAUCUUGUUAGUUGGUUCAUGAAUGGAAAGUAAAAAUCAGCUGUUGCUUUCGAUGUAAACAAGUGUGCAAUUUUGAAGUUUUCGCUAAAAUACGCUUUUAAUUACGAACUAUUUAACAAGACGUCUGCUAACUUCCCAAGGAGAAAGAAAUAUUAUCAGCCAGAAAAGCAAGAGGAGAUAAAAAAGCAGCGAAUGAUACGCUUCGCAUCGUAGAGGAAUAACCUGGCUUAUGUAGCGCUCCACUUUGCCAACACAACCCAAAACCCAAAAAAACUAAAAAAAAAUAAUUACGAACUAAUUUCUCUCCUACUGAAAUUUUUACAAUUACCGAACCAUGCCUGAAUACCAAAGUUGGACAUUUCCACAUAUACCCGCGGAACUGGCUGAAUUGCUCUUCCAAAAUGAUGAGAAAUUGGUUGUGGUGGGUGUUAUAGGGAAAUCAGCCUUUUCAGAUAGCAAUAAAAUGGUUGCUAUGGGUGUGUUGGAUAGUCACCCUAGCCUUCUGGAUCACCAACCACAAGAGGGAACUAUUCGGCUUUAUUACAACCGAAAAAAGUCCAUGUUGCUCCUGCACUUCGAAACUACGUUCGAUGCAGCUUGUAUGCAGAAGAUGCUUGAGGAAGAAUUAGCAGAGGAUGCUUACGGUCAUUUUCUGCUAUUCAAUCAGCGCGUACGCAAUCGCUUUGCCCGAAUGUUGCUCUUCGCUACACAAGUUUGCCACAUUAUCGUUUUCGUUGAACUAAGUGUUACUUUCGAUGCAUCCUUGUUGAUGAUCUUUAGAGCUCUGAAGAUUAUAAGGGACAAGUACAUAUUAAAGUUUUUGCCAAAAUUGGUUAAAAACUCUAGCACUGGCACUUUUUUGGGAAAAUCUGCACGUUUAUGUUCACCGCGUGUGCUAUUCCUUUUCGAGAAUUACCCAGAUGGUUACGAGAAAACAAGCGAAUGCAUAUCCAAACUGGAAUUCGAGGUGGAGGAUAGCAUUUAUAAAAUGCUCCGUAAUGAAUUUAUCAUCACCAACAACAGUGCCAUGUCGCUAUUCUCUAUACCGAGCAAUAAGCGCUUUGUUUAUUAUAACACUGAUCCUUCAUUACGAGAAGAUCCUUUGUUGAAAUCAAUAACAAUGCUGCAAAGCUUUUUGCAGAAAUCUAAUUUUAAAGAAGACGAUGAAGAUGAUCUUGAAGAUUUGCGACCUUUCAAGGGUUUCGGUAAACCGCUAAUUCAAUGCAAUCCAGAACGAACUCAGCCAACUGUGGAAGAGAUGUUUCUUAAAAAGAGAAAUUUUAUGGAUUUAUUGAUGGAUCAUGUCGAUGAAGCACUACAAAUAGGCUUUGAUGAUAGUUCGACGAAAUUCAAAGGCAAAAACCAUUUUGUGAUACUUCCAGCAAAGGCUUGGUAUGAAACAUUCAAAAUGCUUCAUAGAAUUUUCAUCGAAAAUCCAGAUAAUCCCAAAUUUGAGGCCAACGAUGCAGAUUAUAAAGCAUAUUUGGAGAAUUUCAAUAAAAUUAUGGACAUCGAUGACGAGUUCUUUAACGCUUGCUGUGAUAUAGGUUUGCAGAAAGCUUAUGCAAUGUACAACAACCCAACUUUGACGCACUACAGUAGCACAGUGCAUAAAAAACUGGUUGAAGAGGCCGUUUCAUUAUAUAUGAAAUAUGCCCGCGGCACCCAGACCGUCAUAAACGAGACUAAGCUGCGUGAAAUGUGCGAACGAUGCUGGCGAAACGGAAAACAACAAUGCGAGAUGCCAAGUCUACGUGGCAAUCCAUGCGUGCUCCCCAAACACAUUGUUAAAGAACCGUCAGAACACAGCAGCGCACACGUAUUUAUCUCUACGUGCAAUUGUGGUCGAACUCAGGGCCGGCGGGAAGAUCCCUACACUAUGAAGCAUGCUAAUUACGAAUUCUAUGAAUAUAUGGCUAACAAUUGCAAUCUGUGCGCUAAAGUAAAAAAAGUUCAUUUUCCAGUUUUUGAGCCUUCCAUCAAUGAUUAUAGAGCCGCCGAAUUCGAAAUUGCUUUUCCAAAGCUAUCGAUACAUGACUCCAUUGAUUUCGCUGAACGUCAUGAUCUACGCUCUCCCGAUUCUAUUGACUCGGACGAGUGCUCUCAGCCACUUACUGCCUCACAGGGUACGCAUACCAAUCUUAGCCUGGUGUCCACUGACGAAUUGGACAAAAUUGCUGUUGAUGAUGGUGAUAUGCACAGUUCCGAAGAAUCCCUUAAUGAAUUGGUUAUACAGGUGAAAGAUAAAGAUGCACAGAAAGAAGAGGAGAAGGAGCGAAGCAUAUACAGGCAGCCCUCCACCACUGAAUAUCUGCCUGGUAUGGUUCAUACGGAAUCGCCACUGGGAUUGUUGCCGCGUUUUCCAAGUUGGUCGUUGGUAUGUGUUGGGCCAAGCUCGGUCUACAGUCACAACACUGGUCUAUUGGAACACUUUCAAAGUGGGUUUCUUUCGGGCGCAAAUUUUUUGCUUCCCUGGGAUGUGCAUGUCCGCCUGGAACAUUCUGCAUCGUGGGCCUAUGAAAAAACUCGGCUACGAAAGAUGGGCGAGGUUUUCAUACUGAAAAUAUUUGUUGGCUGCGAAUAUGAGUGCCCGCGCGGACACAGAUUUAUGAUGAACUCACCGGAUAAGGUAUUACGCGGUGGAUCAGGAAUACUUCGCGACAGUGGCAGUAAAAUAGUGUAUAACAAUAUGCCGCUGUAUUUCCCUUGUCCCUGUCGUUCACAUAAGGCGGAUGUGGCUCAAUUAAUGCGCGUUCAUGUUGUAACUCCAAAAGCGCCUGUAAAUGUUAUUUUAGAUCCGAGGGUGCGUACGGGAGAGCGCGAUUAUAUUUUCACCAUGGGUCUACCUAAUCCUCCAAAACUAACUCAAAGUGCUUAUUGGAUUUUACGUCUUCCCUACGUGUAUCAAGGAGACGAAGGUCCAAUAGCACCACCCACCGAAAUAACUGCAACCAGUGCAAUCAAUUAUGGUUGCCUACUAGCUGGUAUGUUUGGCGUAAGCGAAACGGAAGUAGAUGACUGAAAAAUCACGCUGUCUACGUAGCCGGAGCAAUUUGAAUUUUUAACCGGUCAAGGAGUGUGAUUUCAACAGCUUUCCCACAAAUUUAUGGGAAUGUUUUAUGUUGUUGCAGAAAGCGCGAAAGUAUAAUAAUGCAAAAUCAGCUACAUGGUUAUUUUGUAAUCUAUAUUUGUACGUAAUUUUUUUUCAUUG